AUGAGAGAUGAAAGCUCAAACGAUGUAAAUAUAAAAAUAUGGUAAUUGCUGUUUCUGUAACAAAUAUCGUAGUCAUAUCAGAUUAUAUAUCUUUCCUAUCUCAUUUGGAACUUUGAUCCUUUAUAUUUGAUGUCAUAGUAUUGGCUGCUUGAUAUAUUUAUGUUAACAGCUUUGGGACUAUUGAAAAUAAAGUACAUUUGAAUUAAUGUAGAUACAAAGCUAUAGUACAUAAUCUAAUAAUGGAUACAUUGAUCGGAAGUGUGCUCAAACUAUUACUUUUAAUUAAUGUCAAAUAUUAUCAGCGAUUCCAAAUCUAAUAUUUUAGUUAUGCAAUCAUGGCUUACUAUUUCAUUCGAGUGCUUGUUCAGAAUAUUCGGAAAAUAUCUAACAAUCAAUAAAUAACAUAAUACUCUUUCGUAAGCAUUUAUAUAAAUAAGAGAUCGCUUAAGGAAUCAAAUUGCUCUUUGUUCUAUAAAUAAUGCUGAUGACGAUGAAGCAAACCAAGACAAUCAAUUGGAAUUGGUACAGUGUAUUCAGUAUCUCUUGGGGAUUGUUGAUUCUAUCCUUCAUUGUGUAUUUCGUGUUCUUACUCUCUAUUGGAGAAACCAUCGUGGACUUCAUUCGGAAUAGAACAACCAAAACCCAAUGUACAUAUACAUCGUAAUAACAGUGAUAGGAGGCUUGUGGUUAUCACUUUACAUGAAUUCGUUCUCAAUAUUUCCAAUGUGGUUUCUAUUAGAAGUUAGUUGGCAUGAAGAAACCAACUAUUCGAAUACAGUAUCCACUUUAUUCUUAGUCUUAAUCAUUUACAACGGUCUCAUACUUUUAGGAUUAAUAUUAUUCUUUUCCUAGAUUAAGUAAUAAUCUCAAGUAUUUAGAGAUUGUAUAUUCUUGAAAUGAGAUAAAACUCAUCCAAUGAAGCAACUCAGAAAGUUCAGAAGCAGUUCAUAAAAGUCAACAUUCCCUACAAAAUCAUUCAAAUAUCCUCUACUUAUUUUGACAUCAUCAAUUAUUAGAAGAACAUCAUCACUGUCACUCACAGCAAUCAGUCUGUGAUUCACAAUAAAACUAAGUUGAAGGCAUUUGAAUUUGUGGGAAAGACUGAAUAAUUAUAAUCUCCUGCUGCUGAAAGAGAAUUAGAACUAAUCAAACACAGUGAAGAGAAAUGUCAAAUCUGUUAUGAUGUAGAACCUAAUAUCGUAUUAUUGCCAUGUCAACAUGGAGGGAUAUGUUAAGAGUGCAUUUAAAAGUGGUUAGAAAAAUAGAAUAAUUGUUACAUUUGCAGAGAAGUAUUGUAUUCUUUCAUUUUAAGAAAAUUGAAAAAUACUUAAGAAUUGCAAAAAGCCAUGAGGAAGGGAAAUUUACCAUACGGGAUAUAGCAAUUUGCGAUUGA